AUGGCGGGGAACCAUACCAGGCAUCUUGGAUCUGAAGAAGGGAUUGGGUAUCGAGAGAGUCCAGCAGAGGUUGGCCGGAAAGAAGAUGCAAUUCAGAGGGACUCAGAGAAAGAGAGGGGAAAGCAGCGAGAUUAUCAGGUUAUCUCGAGAGAUUUUGUUUGCGACGACGUGUCUCAUCUUUUUUGGGUGCCAAAACACCGACCGCCGAGUUUCUGUGACAAAACGGCAGCAGCUCCCCGCCAUGGUGGGGCAGGGGCUGCGUGCACGGUUCUUUCCUUCCAGGUUAGCGCGGGGCACGUCCCCGAUACAGAAAUAUCGAGAGAAAUGACCUCCUGUUCACUCACCACCGUUCAUUCUCAUCUCUCAUCUCACAAAUCUUACCAUCACCAUGACCAUUUGUUCAUCAUGUUCGGCUAUAUUGCUUACAGCAUCCAAGUAAAAAUAGACAUGGCAGGUGCCACGGCACGUGCCGCCCCUCGGUUCGCCCCCGUCGAGAAUUGUCGCGUCCGUUUCAGUCCUUGGUUCCAGACUCUUCAAAAUGGGCCUUGUACGCGCCAUUAUCAGAGGCUCAAGAUGGCCUCCUGUAAGGUGGUCUGGCACCAAGACAUUGGUGGAAAAGGCGCCAUUCGCAUGGACUUGCCUACAAUGAAACCAACAGCCGAGCCUAAAGUCAGGAUCAUUCAGUCAGUGACAUAUCGAGAUGACAACUUCACCGUCGUCAAGAGUAUCAACUCAAAUGUUACAGCUAGUCGCGGCUGUCUUUCGACAUCUCGAGUUAAGAGAAGCUAUAUCAUAGAAUACUCAUGUUCGCCAAAUGCCAUCAUCGGUCGGCUAACCCCAGAAUUACCCCGGCCUCUCCGGACGUCUCUCCAGCCUCAGAGGGAAUAUUGCGGGGGAACACGCCUCGCGCUCCCUUCCACAUGGGCUCUUAAUUCAUGCAUGUCUAUGAUGCAUGUUGCGUCUGGAGCCAAGUCUUGCGUGUCUGUCACUGUGGGACUACCCGCCUUCGAAGGAGUCACGGAUACUCAUCCUUGGGGGGCUGACGACCCAGCAUUGCGGUUCUUCCACGUGUCAAACGCACUUCGGAUGGCUGCCGAUCUACACGUCCACUCUCCAGGUUGUCGUAACCAUAUGAUCAACCGUUGCCGGAGAUCGCUUGUCUAUUUUGACGUUCAGAUUGAGAAAAGCGUAACUUUCGACUGCAUGUCUCCAAUUCGUCUCUGUGGUUUCUGA